AUGAGCCCUAUCUCCCGAGUCGUCACCUUCACUCCUAAGCCGGAGAAGAUCGAGGAAUCUCUCGCUGAAUGUGCUAAGUUCGCCAAAGUUGUCGAAGAUGCCGAGCCAGGCUGUCUUAUGUACAAAGUAUCGAAGACCAAGCCUUUGUCAGGUGACGGGCCAGAGCAAAUUGUUAUGGCUAUGAUAUUCAAAGAUGAGGCAGCUUUCAAAGCUCAUGAGGAGAGUGCUCAUGUCCAAUCAUACAAGGCGGAUAGCAAGGCAGCCGAGUAUUUGACGGCACCACCUGAUGUUAGAGUUGUCACUCCUGCGGGAGGAUUCAGCAGAACUUAA